CCCCCUGCACUCCCCCGUCGCUUCUCCUUAUAAAAAGGGCGGAAUGGGGGUCCGGCAUACACCGAUUUCUCUUCCCCGGUUGCAGCGGGUCCUUCUUGGAGUCCCCGGGCGAGGCAAUUUCGGGACUCUCCUUGUUGAACCCGCUCAAGUUUCGCGUCUCCCGGACCCAAGUCGCCGCGGCCAAUGGCAGGAGUGACUUCAGCGCUGCUUUCGCUGCUCCUGACAUUCACAACGGCUAAAGCCUUUGGAAUAGAGGACAUUGUGCCAGAUCACAGAGUGGUUGCGCAAAUUGGACAGAAGCUUGCCCUAAACUGUCGCACAACCGGUUGUGAAUCCCCGUACUUCUCCUGGAGAACCCAACUAGACUAUCCAUUAGGUGGAACACUGAGCAAUCAAGGAAAGAGUUCAGUUUUAACUCUACAGUCGGUUGGAUUUCAACAUGAGCACCAAUAUCUCUGCACUGCUGGUUGCAAGCUGGGUGAACCCUCCAAAGAGAAAGCAGUUAUGGUUGACAUUUACUCAUUCCCCAGCGAUCCAGUUAUAGAGCUCAAAAGCCCUCUGAUUCUUGGGCAACCGGCUUCUGUCACCUGUCGUGUUCCCAAAGUCUAUCCUUCUGAGCAGUUGAAGAUCACUUUGCUAAAAGGAAAAUCAAAAAUUAAGGAAAAAGAGUUUUUUCAAUACCCUCACACAAAAUCAUUACAGACCAAGAAUUUGAAGAUGGAUUUUAUUCCUACUGAGGAGGAUUUUGAGAAAGAGAUUGUAUGCGUAGCUGAGCUGUCUUUAGAGGACAUGACCCUGGAGCCCAGGCAGUCUACACAUGUGAUGGAAAUAAAUUAUGGCCCACGGAAUACGCAAAUCGUGGCAUUUCCAGGCAACGCCAUCCUAGAAGGAGAAGCCUUGAUACUUACCUGCUUGACUGAAAGUCAUCCUCAGGCUAGUUUUGUCUGGAAGAAGCAGCUUCCUGAUGGACUUACCCAGAAUAUUAUGGAGAAUUACAACCUCUCUAUCCCAAAUCCUCAGGCCUCUGACUCUGGAACCUAUAUCUGUGAAGUCACCAAUGAAGCUACAAGCGUAGUGGAGAGAACGUCACUAUAUAUUUCUGUGCAAGGUUCAGUCUUUUCAACAGCCACUUCAACGUUAACUAUCCCAUCUGAGACAACAGCAUUAAACACCCCAUCUGAGACAACAGCACUAAACACCCCAUCUGAGACAACAGCAUUAAACACCCCAUCUGAGACAACAGCACUAAACACCCCAUCUGAGACAACAGCAUUAAACACCCCAAUUGAGACAACAGCGCUAAACACCCCAUCUGAGACAACAGCAUUAAACACCCCAUCUGAGACAACAGCACUAAACACCCCAUCUGAAACAACAGUAUUUACCACAACAACGUCCUUUACAUCAGAUGCAGCAUCAGAAACUAUAUCAACUACAUCUCGUGCAACACUGAAAGCCUUAGUGUCUAUUACAUCAGAAAUAAGAGCACCGGAAUUGAUUUCAACGUCUACAUCAGAUACAGCGCCAAAAAUAAUGACCUCUGUGACAUCACAAGCAGCACUGAAAAACAAUACAGUUUUGUACCUGGAGGAUGUUUCUGAUGAUGACAGAAAUAAUACAGAAGAGAUCCUAAUAAUUGCCAGAGUUGAAGAGCUGGAUUACGUGACUCCUGUAAUCGUCGUAGUUUCUUGUUUAGCCACCGUAGCGGGUCCUGCGGCAGCCAUAUUUGUUUACAUUUUUAGAAAGAUGAAAAUAAAUGGAUCCUACAGCCUUGCAGACUCCCUUAAACCAAACGUGUAAGUCCAUUAACCGGAAGAAAUUAGAAGACAGUUUUUGCAAGUUUACCAACUGGAUGAUACUAAAUCUUGCUCAGGACCUUUGUUGAUCUUUCUCAUCACAACUCGGUGUGAGAGGAAUGGAGCUGAUGUGCUUUGGAAAGGAUGCAAACCAGUGGUGGGUUUCAAAAAUUGUUCGAACCUACUCUGUGGGUGUGGCCUCCUUUGUGGGAGUGGCUU